AUGUAAAAUAAUAUUAUUGAUUAAAAUAAAAUAGUUGUCACAGUAAAGGAUCCUACUAUUAAUUAAAAUCAAGAGGAAUUUGUAUUGUAUAAUAUAGAGGGAUAAGAUAACGCAGGCGAUUUUUAGAUUUAACAUCGUUUUAGUGAAUUUUUCUAAUUAAGAUCCUUGCUUGCCUAAAAAUGGUAAUACUGUUAUAUACCGGCAUUGCCUCCAAAAGUUGUUUAAGGAAAUUUGAGUUUGAAAGUGAUUUAUUAAAGAUUAAUGAUGCUAGAUCAUUUCAUGAAAUAAUUAUCUAAUUUUUCAUUUUUGUGGUAUUCUCAUGAAGUUUAAGCAUUUUUACGAUAACAAUAACUAAGGAAAAGUAAUUCUAAUGAAUAGUAAGAGAACUAUGCCAAUUUAUUGAUUUCAAUUUUCCCACAUUUUGCUGAAAAUGUAAUAGAUUAGGAAGUAGAAACUAAAAUAGACUAAUUUCUCCUUUUUAUUCAAAAUGCUACUCCAAUUCUUCAGAAUUAUAAAGUAAUCAUGAAAAGUAAAUUAACCAUUAGUAAAUAACAUUUCGAAUAAAUAAAUAUUUUUCAAACUUUUUUCAUACCUGAAUAUGAGAAGAUAUUAGAGACAAAUGUUGAAUAAAUCAGGUCUCGCUAAACAAGUAAGAUAUUUUAAGAGGAUCAGAGUAAUUGUGUUUUAAGUGACACUGAUAAGUAAUUCUAUAUCAUGUAUAUUUAGAUUAAAAUUGAAUUGAAUGAAUUUUAAGUUUUAAUUGAAUUGAUUCAAAAAAGAGAACAAUUGAAAUUAUAGAUUCAAACUUUAAAUGAAUAACUCUAAAGAAAAGUAAAAUAUGUAUCUGAGAUCUAAAAUAAUGGUUUGAAUAUAAUUAAGCAAUUAGUAACAACUAAAGAGGAUGAAAUAGAAAAAGCAUUCUUAAAUUUGAAACAACUUGAAAAAGAAUUGACAAUCUAGGUUUCCUUCUUUUCGCUUAUCACUAACAAAUUAGCUUCAGAUAUACAGUUAUUGAAAAAGGUCUUUUCAUAAAAUUAUUACUAAGUGGUUAGAGAAAUGAGUAAACUUUUUAAACAAAAUGCUCAAAAAGAUUAGAAUAUUUCAUUUUACUAGAACCUAUUAUUAGAAAUAGAGAAGUCAGAACUUUGA